CAAAAAAGAAAAAAAAAAAGAAAAAUCUCGCUCAGCUCAAACAGCCACGAAAUGGCGCCGGCCGUCGCCGUCGUCGCCGCCGCCGCCGCCUUCCCCUUCCGCCUCUUCUCCGCCGAGGCUCGCCGAAACACCAAGGGCUCCCGGAGCAAGCGAGGCUCAGCCAGGCCCCUCAAGCCAUCCCCUCCUCCCCGCCCAUCCGCGUCGUCGUCCGCCGCUGGCGGCGGCGGCGCCACCACCUUCACCAGGCUGCCGCUCCGCAACGCCCCCGCGUCCGUGGAGGUGACGCUGGACCGCUUCCCCACCGCCAAUCCCGAGCCCAGAGCUUCCACUUUUACUCGCCGGAAUGGCGAGCGGUUGGGCGACGACGAGGAGGAUGAGGAGGAGGAGGAGGAUGAGGUGGAGCUCGGACUCCGUGGGGCCACCACGUUUGCUCGGCUCCCUCUGCGGGACUCGCCGGACGGCGGUGACCUCACCAUUGGGCAUUUCGACGCGGGGGUGGCCCCUCAGGAGGGCCUGAGGAGUCGCGCCAUUUCUCGUCAAUUGGUCGAACACCUUGACGACGUAGAGGAGGAGGAGGAGGAGCAGGUUGUCAGCCGCUUGGACAUCUUCGAGGGAGCAAAGGGCAGGGAAGCUCGGGCUUUCUUACCCGACGAGGACGACGAGGACGACGACGUCGUGGUGUUCGACCCAGAGUACGACGGCUACAGCGACGACGAGGAGUUCGUCGCUACUGCUGUCGAGCAGAGUCCACGAGGCGACGCCAUCGCAGUUGCGGAGCUUGAAAAGCUCAAAUACGACAAUGACGACGACGACGACGACGACGACGAGGUUGUCGUGUUCCACCCAGACGACGACGAGGAAGUCGACGUGUUCGAGGACUACGACGACGACGAGGAGGAGGAGACGAAGGAGAAGGGUGUCCCCGCCGUGAUGCGGUGCUUCGACACGGCGAAGAUAUACGCCAAGGCCGGCGACGGCGGGAACGGCGUGGUGGCAUUCCGGCGAGAGAAGUACGUGCCGCUGGGAGGGCCCUCGGGCGGCGACGGCGGCCGCGGCGGGAACGUGUUCGUGGAGGUGGACGGCGACAUGAACUCGCUGCUGCCGUUCCGCAAGUCGGUGCACUUCCGCGCCGGCCGCGGCGCGCACGGCCAGGGCAGGCAGCAGGCCGGAGCCAAGGGCGACGACGUCGUCGUGAAGGUGCCGCCGGGGACGGUGGUGCGGUCCGCCGCCGGCGACGUGGAGCUGCUCGAGCUGAUGAGGCCCGGGCAGCGCGCGCUGCUUCUCCCCGGCGGCCGCGGCGGCCGCGGCAAUGCCGCAUUCAAGUCCGGCACAAAUAAGGCGCCAAGGAUUGCAGAGAAAGGGGAGAAAGGUCCAGAAAUGUGGAUAGAUUUGGAGCUGAAGCUGGUUGCUGAUGUGGGGAUUGUAGGCGCCCCAAAUGCUGGAAAGAGCACCCUUCUGACUGCUAUUAGUGCAGCAAAGCCAACUAUAGCCAAUUACCCUUUUACGACAUUAUUACCAAAUCUUGGAGUGGUCUCAUUGGAUUUUGAUGCUACAAUGGUAGUCGCAGACCUUCCUGGAUUGCUGGAAGGUGCUCACCGUGGAUAUGGCUUGGGGCAUGAGUUUUUAAGGCAUAGUGAGAGAUGUUCAGUGUUGGUUCAUGUUGUCGACGGCUCAGGAGAACAACCUGAAUAUGAGUUUGAGGCUGUUCGUUUAGAACUGGAGCUAUUUAGCCCAUCAUUGGUUGACAAACCUUAUAUAGUGGUGUACAAUAAGAUGGAUCUUCCAGAGGCAUCGGAAAGAUGGAAUAAGUUUCAGGAGAAGCUACAGGCUGAAGGAAUUGAGCCCUAUUGCAUCAGUGCAAUGAAUAGGCAAGGAACAGAGGAUGUUGUUCUUGCUGCAUACAAGGUUCUACAGAAAGAUAGGCAAAGAAUGAAAGAUGACGAAGAAUGGAAUGGCCCUGAAAAUCUGAAUCAUGUGGCUGAUGCAAUAAAAAGGGAAAGGAGAGCUCCCAUGAACGAAUUUGAGAUUUUUCAUGAUAAGGGCACGAAUACAUGGAACGUUGUUGGAGCUGGAAUUGAACGUUUUGUUCAGAUGACUAAUUGGCAGUAUUCAGAAUCCUUGAAACGAUUUCAGCAUGCUUUAGAGGCAUGUGGUGUCAACAAAACUCUAAUCAAACGUGGAGUUAAAGAGGGAGACACGGUAGUUGUUGGUGAGAUGGAAAUGGUUUGGACAGAUGAGCCUAGUAAGACCAGGUCAUCAAAGACAAUGAACUCAAAAGAUGACUCUGUCAGAUGGCCUGAAUUUGGCUAGAUCAAGGCUCAAGCAAUGGUUCUGUGUCGCAGCAGAGGCGAUUUUCACUGAAAUGUUUGCACAUGCUUACAAUAAAAUGCUGCACUAUGACAACAAAAAAACUACUAGUCAUCACAACAGCUAGUUACACCCAGCCCAAAUAAAAGGAAUACUAUUUUGUGUUACCUUCAGAAUAGUGAUGUAUCACACAGCUUCGCCUACAUGCUUUGAAAGUUGGAUUAUGCAGGAGUGCUAUGUACUACCUUUUGUGAUAGUAGAUAUUUGUAGAUGAGAUUUAGGUAUUCUAAAAUGAUGUACGAAAUAGUUUCUUCAGCAAGAUUGUAUAAAUGUUCACAUUGAUUAUUAAUGGCUUAUACGACCGAAGAAAGACAAUUGCCGUUGCA